AUAAGGAAGAGUUCCACUCGUUGUGUGACGAGCUCAGGCACAAUACCAGUUUAAAAGGUUCUAAAACAACUUCACUGGAACUUAAGGUGCUGACAGCAUUGAGCUUUUAUGCCAUGGGUUCAUAUCAGAAAGGUGUUGCUAAUGAGGUACAUAUGAAUCAAAAAAGUGUAAGUCGGUGUAUCAGAGAGGUGACAAAAGCUCUGAAUGAGAUUUCAAAUAAAUGGAUACAAUUCCCACAAACAAGCACACAAAGAACUAAAAUUAAGCAAGGAUUUUAUACUAAGUUUAAUUUUCCUGGUGUAAUUGGUGCCAUUGAUUGCACCCAUGUGGCCAUAGUUCGUCCAGCUGCAGAUGUACCUUGUUUUUAUAACAGAAAAGGCUUUCAUUCUCUUAAUGUCCAAAUGGUAUGUGACAGUGAUCUCAGAAUCACUAAUGUUAAUGCCAAGUUUGGUGGUGCAAGUCACAACAGUCAUAUCUGGGCAAGUAGAAGACUGCAAAGCCAUAUGGAGGCUCUGCAACUAUCUGGCAAGUCAGUUUGGUUGUUGGGUGACAGUGGUUACCCUCAAAGGAUCUACCUUAUGACACCUAUUCUGAAUGCAGAACCAGGAUCUAGAGGAGAGAACUACACUAGAGUGCAUGUCAAGGCCCGAAACUGCAUAGAAAGGGCAUUUGGUUAAAUAUAGAUUUUGAUAUUUGUUAGGUCAGCGUAUCCUUUAUUAUCACCCUGAUUAUGCAGCAGAAAUUGUUAUUGCAUGUGUGGUACUGCAUAACAUGCUCAUAGAUUCAAGAGGAACUCCUACAGAUGAUGCAGAAGUACUUUUGUCCACUGCUCUUACACAACCAACUGUUGUUGAAAACGGGCCGGAUGUGAUUGUGGGGCGGGCUGUUAGGAAUAGACUAAUUAUUGGCAGUUUUUAGUUUGGUUGAAGAAGCCCACACAAUAAUGUCUAAAAGUGUAUUUUUAAGAAGAAAUAUGAUGAAGAUGAAUGUUUUACAAAUUAAA